CAAACCUAUAAUAUUGUAGAGUGAUUAAGGUUUAUAAUUAGUGAUAAAGAACCAUCAGUUGAGGUGAGUGGUGUGUCACCUGGUGGGUCGAGGUAGAAGCUGUUAUAUUUACUAGUGUAGUGGUGGUGGUAAGACUCACCUGCCCCCCCUCUCCCAGAGACAGACAAGGGCCAUGGACUAGCAGUUUCCACCGUGGGCGCGCUGGAGACUGCUAUUACAGUGCACCCCAGGAGCAGUCCAGUGAAAAUUCAAAGAAAAGUUUUUGCAUUAACAGUUAAAUUUUUGAGUUAAUGUAAAUAAUCUGGAAAAAAUUGUUGGGUGGGAAUAUCUGAGCUACAUUAGUCAGUAGAUGUGCUCCCCAAGCCCUCCCAUUUACUUGUAUUAAGCUCAAUUCAUUUUAAGUGGUGUAGAAAACAUUGAACAUACCGUAGUGUGAAGUGUACAUUUUAUUAAAAGUGACAUUAACGGAUACACCUAGCACAAUGACUGCCUCUUUUGACCCUCACGACCGAACCAGCUGGUACUUUGGUCAGAUGUCGCGGCAGGACGCCACCGACCUAUUGAUGGCAGAGCGCGAUGGCGGUGUGUUCCUGGUGAGAGACUCUACUACCAUCCUCGGGGACUUCGUGCUCUGUGUUAGGGAAGACAACAAAGUUUCACAUUAUAUAAUAAACAAGAUACAACAGGGUGAGCAAGUGCGUUAUCGCAUAGGAGAUCAGAUGUUUGCAGAUUUGCCAUCACUUCUCAAUUUCUAUAAACUACAUUACCUAGAUAGCACACCCCUUAUCCGACCUGCACCUAAACGUUGUGAGAAGGUUGUAGCAAAAUACGACUUCGAGGGCAGUGAUCCAGAUGAUUUGCCGUUUAGAAAAGGAGAAGUGUUGACUAUUGUUAGCAAAGAUGAAGAUCAAUGGUGGACAGCCAGAAAUUCCAUCAAUCAGACUGGGUCCAUACCAGUACCUUACGUGCAGAGGUUUGAGGAAGGAGAGAGUAUUCCCAUUAACUCAACCCCAAAUAGAGGCAGUACACAGUCUACAGAUGGUACGCCACGUCAGAGGCCUAGCCUUCAGCGGAAAUUACCGGCCUAUGCACGAGUGAAACAAGCCAGAGUUCCCAAUGCCUACGACAAAACUGCUCUCAGACUGGAAAUUGGAGAUGUCAUCAAGGUGACAAAGAUGAACAUCAAUGGGCAAUGGGAAGGUGAACUAAAUGGAAAGGUUGGACACUUCCCAUUUACACAUGUAGAAUUCAUUGACAGUGAAAAUUCAGUGGAUGGAGAUCCAAAUUAAGAUGCAUUACAUAAUUGCAUUAGGAUUGUGUAAUUUCUAGAUUCUUUUAUUUUCUUAGGAAUAAUGUGAGUGUGUAUGAAAAGAAUGAAUGGAAGUUAUACACAGGUAAAUUUGGAUGUGAUAUGCUGGUCAUCUUACCUGUAAUGCAAAAAUGGCAAGUUUGUAUGUGACACAAUUUUAGGAAGUUUGGAUCAAGGACUCGAUUCUGAUUAGGGUUUUUUUUUUUUUUUUUUUUUUUUUUUUUUUUUUUUUUUUUUUUUUUUUUUUUAGUCAAAGUUUUUUAUGAAAUUAUUUAAGAAUAAUUGAUAAAAGGUAUUAAUAUAUUCAGAUUUUUAUAAACUACCCAAGGAGUCUAGCUGCUCCAGUAAGAUGAAAGUCAAAUUUUAAGUGCAUGGGUAUAUUUUUUAUCGGUUUAUUUAUUUUUUUAGACAGUAAUACCUUGGUAGGGGAGGGCAUCACUCUCUGCAUCACUUCCUUUAUGAUGCUUGUGAUUAAACAGAGAUUUGAUUGAAAAAGUUGUUACUGUGACGACCAUAUUUUAAUACAUAGGGAUAAUGAAAUCAAAUAUGUUGCCUUUGAAAACCAUUUUCUUGCACAUAAAUUGCACAAUUUUUUAUUAACAAUAUCCAUAAUAAACCAUGGCAGUUUUCUUCCACUUUUCUUGCAAAUGGAUUCAACAUAUCAUGUUGGCUCAUGUAGUAUAUCUGUUAAUAUAUGUAAAUACUUAACCCCAAAUGGCUUUGUUCCAAAUUAGUCUAGGGACAGUACUCUUAGCUGCAUAUUCAUAUUGGAUUGUAUUUUACACUGCAUAACUGUCUUGCUCUCUGGUCACUGGUAGAUAAUAGGUACAGUAAUUGUAGAACUUUAAAGAUGUGUCAGUACCCAAUAAAGGAUUUAUUAUCUGUAACAUGCAAGGGUUGCUGUAGCAUGCAGUGGUCCCUGUAACAUACAAGGGUCAUGCAGUGGUCCCUGUAACAACAAGGGUCAUGCAGUGGUCCCUGUACCAUACAAGAGUCAUGCAGAGGUUACUGUAACAUGUAGGGGUUACUGUAACUUGCAGGGAUCACUGUAACUUGCAGGGGUCACUAUAACAUGCAGGAGUCAUUGUAACUUGCAGGUGUCAUUGUAACUCUCAGGAGUCACUGUAACUUGCAGAGGCCAUUGUAAUAUGCAGGAGUCACUUUAACAUGCAGGAGUCAUUGUAACUUGCAGGUGGCACUGUAAGUUGCAGGAGUCACUGUAAGUUGCAGAGGUCAUUGUAGCUUGCAGGGGUCACUAUAACAUGCAAGAGUCAUUGUAACUUUCAGGUGUCAUUGUAACAUACAGGUCAUUGUAACUCUCAGGAGUCACUGUAACUUGCAGAGGCCAUUGUAACAUGCAGGAGUCAUUGUAACUUGCAGGAGUCAUUGUAACUUGCAGGUGGCACUGUAACUUACAAGUCAUUGUAACUUGCAGAGGUCACUAACUUGCAGUGGUCACUAACAUGCAGGGGGUCACUGUAACCUGCAGGGAUCAUUGUAAGAUGCUGUGAUCACUAACUUGCAGGGCAAGGGUGGAUCCAGGGGGUCUUGGGAACCAGAACCCCCAUUUUCAUCAAAAAAUUUCAAUACUUAUUCUUUAAUGCAAUAUUGUACUCGGGCAUUUUGUAAACAGUAAUUUCUAUUGACCUUAGAAUAUCUCCUAAUAUCAAGUGCACAUGGCUUAAAAAUGCCCAUGAUAUUGGUCAGAUUUAAAAAAAAAAUACUGGGGGGGGGGCUUACAACCCACCCCCCAAAAAACUCCCCAGUUGGAUGGGAUCGCUGCACUCAUCAUGUUCUCCCACCCAAAACUUCUCGGACGGACCCCCCACCCCACCCUUUGAUGUUCUUGGAUCCACCCUGCAGGGGGUCACUGUAACAAACAGGAGUCAUUGUAACUUGCAGGAGGUCACUGUAACAAACAAGAGUCAUUGUAGCUUGCAGGGGGUCACUGUAAUAAACAGGAGUCAUUGUAGCUUGCAGGGGGUCACUGUAAUAAACAGGAGUCAUUGUAACUUGCAGGGGGUCACUGUAAUAAACAGGAGUCAUUGUAACUUGCAGGGGGUCACUGUAACAAACAGGAGUCAUUGUAACUUGCAGGGGGUCACUGUAAUAAACAGGAGUCGUUGUAACUUGCAGGGGGUUACUGUAAUAAACAGGAGUCAUUGUAACUUGCAGGGGGGUUACUGUAACUUGCAGGGGGUCACUGUAACAAGCAGGAAUCAUUGUAACUUGCAGGGGGUCACUGUAAAAUAAAGAAAUUAUAAAGGAUACAGUAUUUGUGCAACAAGUUAAAUACAGUAAUACACAGGAGAAAGUUGCUGUCAAGUAUAUAAGUUUACAUUA